UCUCUUCCUGUCCAUCAAGGAGAACUAACACCUUUGCAGGAAAAAGUGAAAAAGUUCUUCGAAUCUUCAUAUUCCCUGUAUGUUGGCGUAGUGCUUGUGAUGGGCUCCGUUAUAGGGGCAAUAAUGCUGACCUAUCUGUAUGUUAAGGAAGUGCAAAGGAGAGCCAUAUUUGAAGAAGGAACGACAAAGAUUCUGCAAAUGGUAGAAGACACCUUUCCGGAUCUUUUUGAGGCAGAUGAUAUCACAAAAUUCAAGAAAGCUGAGAAUAUAUCUGCAGCAAUAUCCGAAGAGAAAAAGAAAAUCAGUGAACUACAGCAGGCUAUUAGUGACAUUCACCACAGGUUACGUGAGGAAUGGAUUGUUUGGCAUGGAGCCCUAUAUAUAUUUGACUUCAUUGCCACCCCAAGGACUUGGAAACAGUGCAUACAAUACUGCGAAAGGAUGAAAUACGAUACAAGAUUGUUAUGUGUUGAAAGUGAUGAGGAGCAGGCCUUUGCUGUAUCCAUAGUGAAGCCCAGACCGACCGAUUAUUUUAUUGGAAUUAACAUGGUAGGCUCAGAUUGGCGCUGCUAUCAAAAGGGCUUUCGCCUGGAUAAACUCUACUGGGAUUCUAAUCGUCCAAGAAAUAAAGGUCCUGCAAAACCAGAUUCGAACAACUGUGUCAUCAUCACAAGGGGCUGUGAAAAUAUUUAUUCGUGUUGGCAUGAUGUUUUGUGCCAAGGCCUAAAACGGUGCGUCUGCAAAAGGAAACCUAUUAAAAAGUGGAUGAAAUAAUUGAUAAUCUGCACUCUACACCACCUUGUCAAUCCUGCUAUUCCGAGGCUGGAAAAGAGCCAUUGUUUUACACCUGCAAAGGCUUAGUUGGGCAGUGAAAUAAAGUGUGGAAGAAUUCAGUCUGUGUACGUUUCAAUAGAUUAACUGUGUGUAUCUACCUAGCAAUGUUAGAACGGAUAGAUCUGGUUUCUAGUUUGUCCUUUUGAUUACUGAUAUCUUGCAAGGUCUGGAAAGGACUACU